AUAGUCCGAUAACAAGCAGAACUGUUCUAAAGCGCAGCCAACACAACGUAAAAAAUAUAUAAAUAUUAUUUAUUUAGGUGCAAUCGAGUCGCAAACACAUCAUGUUGGCUCAUUUCACAAUCGUGGUAUCACUUCUUUCGAUUUUUGCCACUCUGGCGGCUGGAAGAUCAGAUCCAGGCCUUCUCGAUAUUCUAAUAGACCAGGAUCUGCAACCGCUUAUAGAGCAGCGUCCAUUGUUGGCUGGCACAAAGAUCUACAUUAAACUGGAGUGCACGUCUGAUGAUGAAGUGCCGUUAACCAUCAACUUUAAGCUUACGAAGCAUCCAUGUCUCUUUGAUGGCCGUUUUUUGAAACAACUCAACGAUAAUCCGAGUGCCCAACAAAACGUCACUCUGAGCCAACUCAUCCAAACGACGCAAACGAAAAUCAACUGCACCCACUUGAUUCUCCUGAGGGACAACACUGAAGGCGCUGUGACGACUCCAGAGGAAGCACAAUCUGCGCCACACAGCAAAAAUCCAUUUUCGGCGACUUCGAAGCCAAUUGCCAGCAUAGCUGAAGAUGGUAUCUAUGAGCUGGAAUUGACUAUUUUGACAACACCACCAGGUCAGAAGUUUCAAGCCACGGUGCACAUUGGAUUUUGGGGACCUCAUGGCUACAUUUCAGCCAUUGAUUGGCCAUUUUUGCCGUUUUAUUUGAUAAUGUGCAUUGUCUAUGUGAUAUUUGGCAUCAUUUGGCUGUUUGUCUCCUUUGCACAAUGGCGCGAUCUGUUGCGCAUACAAUUCUGGAUUGGCGGCGUCAUACUGCUGGGCAUGCUCGAGAAGGCCUUCUUCUAUGCCGAGUACCAAACGGUUGCCAAUACUGGCUAUCCUGUCUACCAUGCUGAAGUCGUUGCUGAAUUUGUAUCUUGCGCCAAACGCACGCUAGCUCGUAUGCUGGUCAUCAUUAUGAGUCUGGGCUUUGGCAUUGUCAAACCACGCUUGGGUCCCAUGCUGCACCGUGUUGUGGGCGUGGGUGCACUAUACUUUCUACUUGCCUGUGUAGAGAGCUAUUUGCGCAUUACCAAGGUGAAGAGCGAUCGGAGUGAACUGCUGCUGGCCACCAUACCAUUGGCUGUACUCGACACGGGCAUCUGCUGGUGGAUAUUUACGUCAUUGGUUCAAACCACAAGAACGCUUCGUUUGCGCAGAAAUAUGGUUAAACUAUUACUAUACAGACACUUUACCAAUACGCUGAUAUUUGCCGUCAUCGCCUCUGUUAUCUUUAUGUUGUUUGCAUUGCGAAUGCGUAGAACCGAAAGCUGCACACCUGGGUGGCGUGAUAUCUGGAUCGAUACAGGAUUCUGGCAUAUGCUCUUCUCUGUGCUCCUUUUGGUAAUAAUGAUCUUAUGGCGCCCCACAAACAACAAUCAACGUUAUGCGUUUACACCGCUGCUGGACAAUCCCGAGGAUGAGGACGAUGAGGAUGAGGAGGAUCAGUUUGUGGCGGAUGCGUAUGGCGUUAAAAUGCGGGGAACACAUCAGAAUGGUGGUAAUAGAACUCCAACGAAUUCACGUACAGCUACGACCACGGAGGAGGAUGAUUUACGAUGGGUAGAGGAGAAUAUACCAUCGGCAAUGGGGGACUCAGCUCUGCCAGUGCUCGAUUCAGAUGAGGAGAUCAUCAAUACGAAGUUUGAAGUUUCCAAAAUGCAAUAAGCUGCUGUACCUAAGAGACUUUUGCAUAAACGUUGCACAUUUAUUUAUAACCAAAUAUUCAGAACGCACCAACGACAGCGAAAGAGCUGAGAAUCUGUUUGCUGGACAACCAAUCGAGGCUGCUCGUGGUCUUCUACUUCGACGGCUGUCCAAAUUCUUUUCCUAUAUUGUCACGAACACAGUGUUGUUGCUUGUCUGGCCACCCAGUCACAGGCUUUUGAGCAGCCCCUGUAAAAUAUUGUAUGUAAUCGUCAACUAAUCACAUUUCGACCUCCUAAAUAAAUCUUAAUUUAUUCGUAAUCGCUAGUUUAAGGUGUAGAUAUUUAGUCUGUCAAGUAACUUCGAAAAAGAUUCUUCUAUUUAAUGAUAAAACUAUAUAUAUUACAUAUAAACUUUUAUCAUUCUAAACAAAUACAUACAAGCACGCACACACGCACAUGGGUGUUGCUAUCAAAAUUUGUGGCAAUAAUCAUGUUGCGCUUUGUAAAUAGUUGAUAACACACGCCCAAGAAAAAAUAUUUAUAUAUUUAUUUGUAUACAAAUAUAUAAAUAUAUUAUUGUGUAAUUUUGAUAAUGAAAGAAUAUUAUGAACAGGAAAAUGUUUCAAUUUUACUUAUUGAUAACUACAAUUAAAUUUGUAUUCAUGUAUUAUAUAUAAGGUCCAAAACCGUAUCUUAUUUAAAAACAUUGUAACUUCUAAUGUAGUUUGCAAUCUUUCCAUGAAUAUAAUAAACAAACAUAGCCAUACCAA